ACUCACACACACAUUCAUGCCAUGUUCACAGUUCCUUGUCACGUGUACUCAACCUGCCAGCAGUGGCGGUGGGCAUCAUCACUGGAGGCUUCGUGCUGAAGCGCUUUAAGUUAGGUGUGGUCGGAGCAGCCAGGAUGGCGCUGGGGACUUCUAUCGCCUCCUUUUGCUUGCUGGUGGUUCAAGUCUUCCUUCGCUGUGACAAUGCCGAGGUGGCCGGCCUCACCGUGACUUACCAAGGAAUCCCUGAAGUGUCCUACGAUGCGCAGACCUUGUUGUCCCAAUGCAACACGGGCUGCUCCUGCUCCAUGAAGCAGUGGGACCCCGUGUGCGCCUACAACGGCAUGACCUACGCCUCACCCUGCCUGGCCGGGUGUCACACCUCCACCGGCACGGGCAAGGAGAUGUCAUUCCACAACUGUUCCUGUGUCAGCGCCAUCCUGAGUCCAGACCUGAACAUGAGUCCAGACCUGAACACGUCCACGGUGUUGGGCCAGUGCCCCAGGAAGAGCGACUGUGAGCGGACCUUCCAUAUCUACAUGGCAAUAUCCGUGGUGGGCUCCUUCAUCUCCGCCUGCGGGGGCACGCCGGGAUACAUCGUGCUGCUCAGGUCCAUUCAAAAAGACUUGAAGGCCCUGGCUUUAGGAAUGCAGACGCUGAUCGUGAGAACUCUCGGUGGGAUCCCUCCUCCUAUUUAUUUUGGAGCCCUGAUCGACCGCACGUGUUUGAAGUGGGGCACCAAGCAGUGCGGAGGCCGCGGCGCGUGUCGACUCUACGACGCUGAUGCCUUCAGGUGGACGUUCAUGGGCUUGAUCAGCGCCUUGUACUUCCUGGCCAACGCCAUGUGGGUGGGACUCUACCGCAAAAUAGUCCAGCGCCAGAAGAAGCUGGCCUUGCGAGAGCAGGCCCAGAAGAAUGUGCAGGCCCAGAAGAAUGUGGCGGAGGCUAAAGGAGUGAACGGACACGCUAGCAUCAACAUGUGCCAAAAGAAGGAGGACGCAGACCAGGAGAGCACCAUUUAGAGGCCACGCCCACUUCCUGUCCGCUACACUUCAACUAUUACGCAAUCACCUAGCAGGACUUUCUUGCAUGUUUCCUUCUCUUUCUUUCUUUUCUCUCCCAUCCUUCUUUUUCUUUCUUUUCUUUCCCAUCCUUCUUUUUCUUUCUUUUCUCUCCCAUCCUUCUUUUCCUUUCUUUUCUUUCCCAUCCUUCUUUUUCUUUCUUUUCUCUCCCAUCCUUCUUUUUCUUUCUUUUCUCUCCCAUCCUUCUUUUUCUUUCUUUUCUCUCCCAUCCUUCUUUUUCUUUCUUUUCUCUCUCAUCCCUCUUUUUCUUUCUUUUC